CUCUCAUCUUUGCAAUGGACUGAGUUAAUUUUUCCGUCUCCCAUAGGCAGUAGUCCUUUUCCCCAGUGACAGCAAACGUUAGACUGCGAAGAUGGACCCAGCGUACGAGGGAGCCGGUCAGGCUGCCGGCAUGGAGAUCUGGCGUGUGGAGAAAUUUGAGGUUGUGAAACGUGAUCCGGCUACACACGGGCAGUUCCACGAGGGAGACUCCUACAUCGUUCUCAAGACCACAGAAGCACCGGGAGGAGGGGAGCUGUCGUGGGAUAUCCACUUUUGGCUUGGAACGGAGACCUCACAGGAUGAAGCUGGUGUGGCCGCCAUCAAGACCGUGGAACUCGACGACGUGCUCGGAGGCGUCCCCGUGCAGUACAGAGAGGUGCAAGACCACGAGUCCAAAAAGUUUCUGUCAUACUUCAAGAAAGGCAUUAAAUACCUCCCUGGUGGAGUGGCGACGGGCUUCCGCCAUGUUGAGGAGGACGAGUACGAGACACGCCUCUUACAGGUUAAGGGUAAGAGGAACGUGAAGGUCAGGCAGGUUGGUCUGGGGAAAGAAUCCCUGAACCUUGGAGAUGUCUUCAUCCUGGAUGCCGGUUUGGAACUGUACUGUUGGAACGGGUCACAGAGUAACAUGUUCGAAAGGCUCAAGGGCAUGCAGGUGGCCAAGAAGAUCAGGGAUGAAGAGAGAAGCGGAAAAGCCAAGGUCAUCAUUGUCGAUGGAGACCACUGCCAGAGUGACAGACACUUCUUCGAGAAGCUUGGUGCGGAGCCAGGAGACGUCCCGGAGGAAGGUGCGGUGCCGUCAGAAGUCGACGCGGCGCACGAGAGGAAGGCCGACCAUGAGGUCAAACUGUACAAAGUGUCCGAUGCCAGUGGAGACUUAGAGGUCACGGAAGUAGCUGGCAAACCUCUGAAGAAGGAUCACUUGGAUACAAACGAUUGCUUUAUUCUGGACGGCGGACCAAGUGGCAUCUUCGUAUGGACUGGCAUCCACUGCAGUUCGGAUGAGAAGAAAACUGCCAUGAAGAAGGCUGUGGGCUUCCUAAGCCAGAAGGGCUAUCCGAACUGGACCCAAGUGACCCGGGUUGUCGAGAACGGAGAAACUCCUCUAUUCAAGCAGUAUUUCUCCGAGUGGCCGGAGAGGUAUGCUCAGGUCGGGCUGGGGAACGUCUAUACAGUCGGUACCAUUGCAAAGAUCGAUCCUAACGAACCCUUCGACGCCAGUACCCUUCAUGCCAUUGCCGAGAAGGAAGCCGCCAGAAUGCCUGAUGACGCUUCCGGUGACGUUAAGAUCUAUCGGGUGGAGGACAUGGACAAAGUGGAGAUUGACGAAGCCCAACAUGGCAUCUUCUUUGGAGGGGACAGCUACGUCAUUCAGUACGACAACCCUGGAGCAAACGUCAAGAUAGUGUACUUUUGGCAGGGCUUGCGCAGCAGCACAGAUGAGAAGGGAGCCUCGGCCCUGCUCGCCAAACAAAUUGAUGAGGAAGAAUUUGGCGGCAGCGCGACGCAGAUCCGUGUUGUGCAAGGCAAAGAACCGGAACAUUUCCUCCGUAUCUUUAAGGGAAAGAUGAUCACAUUCUCGGGCGGAAAAGGCAGCGGCUUCAAGAACCUCCGUGAGCACGACUCGUACGACGCUGACGGCACCCGCCUGUUCCAGGUCAAGGGAACAUCCGAGGUCAACACUCGGGCAGUGCAGGUCACAGAGGAAGCAGCUUCGCUGAACUCAAGCGAUGUCUUCGUUCUGGAGACGCGUGGGCACACCUACCUGUGGUUUGGAAAGGGUAGUCUCCCGAUUGAGCAACAGUUCGCAAAGAACAUCGCUACCACUGUAUCACCGGGAAGACUUCAGAAGCAGGUGCCAAAACGGAGCUAUGGAAGAUGGGCAAAGGAGAAGCAAAGACCAAGGCUGCGUGAGCCCGUAGAGGUGGCAGAAGGCAGCGAGCCUGAUGAAUUCUGGGAAGCCCUCGGUGGGAAGGGAGAGUACGGGUCGGACCGUAUGCUGGCAGGUGUUAUUUCCAAACCAGCAAGACUCUUCCAGUGUUCCAAUGCUACCGGACGCUUCCUGGUGGAAGAGAUUGUCGACUUUGCUCAAGAUGACCUUGCCCCAGAUGACGUCAUGCUGCUGGAUGCUUUUGACACGAUCUUUCUUUGGAUCGGUAGCGGAGCUAACGACACCGAAAAGGAAAGGACACUGCAGACGGCAGGGGAGUACGUGGAGACUGACCCCACCGGCCGCACCCCUGAUGACGUAGUCGUCAUCCAGGUCAAGCAGGGAUCCGAGCCGCCCAACUUCACUGCGCACUUCCUCGGCUUCGACCCGGGCAUGUGGGAGGCUACAAACUUCGACUCUAUGAGAGCUGAGAUUGAGGGUAGCAACCCAGAGGAGUAGGCCAGGAGAAAAACUUUUGCGCCAAGAAACGUAUGGGUGCAGUCUUAGAUGCUUUGUUGGUGACGCUGAAGUCGGCUGUGUAUACGAGUAUUAUUUGUUGUUGCAUGCUAAGUUAGUUGAAAGCAUAUCGCCACGUGUAUCAUUCCUUAUAUAGUCAUACUCCAAAAUAUGCUGUUGCAGAUUUAAGAUAUCCCACAAUCCUAUAACUGCGAUUAUUUUAGUACCAGUAUGGCUUAGACGUCUAUAGUGAGCACUUGCGUAUUUAUUCUUACUCUUUGUUAUCAGCCGAUGAUCGAGACAGCUUCAAGUGCGUAAAUGCAGUUGUAAUGCAUUGUGCUCAAUGGUUAAAGUUUAGGACACUGGCUGACACAAACCGUUCUUUAUUCCAGGAACCGCCAACUUUAGCUUUUGACCGCAAUGCAUCACGACUGCAAAUUCAGAACUGCGAAAUGACUUAUUAGGUGAAGUUAAGAAAACAUCGAUUGAUUGAUCUAUAUGGAAACAUUUAGUUCUAGUAAAGAAAUCGUACGUCUUUGUUGGGACGAUAAAGGUACUUCUGACAAGGCAAAGUCCUAAUGAGUAGUAAUGUGUAGUGAUUAUGUGCAGCAAAUAUGGGACGACAAAGCUACUGUUGGCACCUCAAUGACAUGGUUAAGCGGUUAGUUUUUUUAUCAGUAAAAUAUACGCAAGGUGUUGCAGUUAAAGGACAAA